AUGGAAGACUUUCUAGAAUUCAACAUCGUGACAUACACGCUUAUCACGGUGGUGCUAGGCCUGCUUGUGGUGCCCAUCCUCUGGCAGACAGACCCUGAUAUUCACCCUCUUAUUCUCCACCGGCAGUCUAAUGUUGCCCCUAUCCGUAAUCCCAAAGAGAGUGCUGUUCACCGUUCAAAUAAUGUUCCGUCCAACCAACCCUUCGUUACUGGUUUAAACCUUCCUACAGAACAGAAAUUUCAAAUCCGGGACGGUGAUAUUCGCGACAUCUGGAAAUUGGCGGUUGAGAAGGGAAAUGGAAAGAUGCUUAGUGUCCGCGGAGCUGAUGUCCACGAAAUCGACAUGGCGGACUUGACAGCUAAUAUUCACUCUCUUGGAACCCAUCUUGCCUCGAUUCCCGGUGCGAAACGGAUUGCGAUUUACCUCGCGAACGAUAUUGAGAAUAUUGUGGCUACCUUUGCUUGUGCUUUCUACGAUCUUCAUCUUCUGAUUUUGCCAUUCGACCCCACUGCCUCCAGUGCUUCAGUAAACGCCCUCUUGAAGCGUAGUGAGCUCGAUGUCCUUAUCGCGCCCGCCGGCCAGCUUCCACUCAAAGACGUCGAAGGCGUGAAACUAAAACAGCUGAUUUAUGUUGUCGAACGUGGCUCCCAACACCUAGACUUCAACUCGCCCCCCGGCUCCGCCAUCAAAACAGCUAUCUAUCACGAGAUCAUUAAGACCCCCGGUAGCCCGCCUCCCAGCGGGUCCAUCGACCUCAAAGCCCCCUCAGUGAUCACUUUCGCAACCAACUUCAUCGGCAAUGACAAGAAGAUCGAGAUUACCCCAUUCAACCACCGUAACAUCAUCGCUGGAGUCGCCUCUGCAAUACACGCGUUGCCCAAGAAUGAACAGCUCACUAAGAACGAUGUCUUCAUCCCGGUGGAUACCCUCAGUGACUUAUACACCCGCAUCAACACCUACGCAGCCCUCGCAUCUGGUGCAACCCUCGCCCUAAACCCAGUUAGUGGCUCCUCUGCCGACUUCGAGAAAUGUGUCGCACGCGUGCGUCCCACAGUUGUCGUCGCAUCUCCAAAUACACUCGAUGAAGUACAUCGCAAAACCAUGGGAAGCCAGAUAGAGAUGUGGCAUGGCAUCAUUCACUACUUCCAAUCUCGCACGCUCACAGUUCAUGGCUCAAUCCCCAAAGGCAAUUUCUGGACCCGUGUCAAUGAUUACGCGCGCCCCUCCGCGGGUGAUCCAAGCCGCCUACGCCUAAUCCUUACCGCCGAGUCUGCCGGUGACCUCGAAUCUAAGCCAUUGAACUCUGAGGAUCUUUCCGACCUGCGCGUAUUCUUCGGCUGCAAGGUUGUAUAUGGUCUCAAGCAUUACCUUGUCGCGGGCCCCAUCUGCCAGACACAUAUCUAUGACUACCGCGUGCAGCCUCAGAUUCCCAAACCGAGUCGCAAGAAGGGCAUUCUGAAGCGGUGCGCGCAUUUCGGGCCAGUGGCGCCGGGGUGCGAGGUCGUCACGAGGGACUACCAGGAGUAUAGCGCUGCUGACGAGGGCGGGAGUAGAGGUGAGAUUGUGGUGAGGGGGUUGACGGUUAGUGGAGCGGGGAGUGGAGGAAAGGGUGAAGUGAAGUUAGGCGUGGUAGGAAAGUGGUGGCCGGAGGGAGUGUUGAGUUAUGUUUAA